AUGGCACCCCUCGGUGGUUUCGUCCCCUGGAACAUAGGGACUCGGGACAAUACUGAACAGCGAUACCCCAUCAGGGUCCCAAGCUUCGGCGGAGAUUACAUCUUCCACACCACUAGCCGGCAGGUAUUCGAGUUCCUCGAGGCGGGCAACGGAUACUGCGAGAUCCCCCAAGACUGGCACGCCGCCGCCAACCUCCCGCACGUCCCCUGCAUCAGGUCCCUCGGCGUGGCCAAUCUGACCUGGUAUUCCAUCGCCAAGCUGUUCAUCGCCUUCGCCAUGGUCGUGGCCAUCACCUUGCUCAUCUGUUGGCUGUGUGCCCGAAUGGGAUGGUGCUUCCGCCAGCCCCGUGGCACCACCAGGCGCGAUCAGGGAGUGGAGCUGAGAGCUCUUGACGCCAACCACUGGCGCCGGCAGCAGAGGGGGAAUGUGGCAGCUGGAAAUCAGGAAGCCAACGGAGGCAUGACUACGUCCAGGCUCAGAGAUUGGCGAAACCGUCAUUUUCAUCGACCCAGGUAUGGGCUGCACGACGCCAAUAACAACAUGCCUCAUGCGCCACCCGAGACUCAUGCGAUUUCGUGGAGGAGGCGAAUCCAUGUUAGGUUCACCACUUUUCGAAGAGCUCGACGAACUCGAUCGGAUAGAAGAGCUAGGGACAACAUUGACGGAACUUUGUAGUUAAUUUGGAGACAUUGAAAAAAAGCUACUUGGCUGAAUAUUUCUGACCGAUUCGAAGUCGCGUGGGAACUUGUUGUGGGUUAGGCC